AUGUGGGGAUCGAAUCAGAGGGCAUGGGUCACACAGUAUCUUUUCAAGGAAUGGCUAGUUUGUGCCCCUAGCAUCAGGGACUACCUUGAUACCAAUGACUUGCCGUUGAAAGCACUGCUGCUAUUGGACAAUGCACCAGGACAUCCAAAGGAUCUUGAAGAUAAUUUGUUGACAGACUUUCCCUGGCUGACAGUUCAGUUUUUACCUCCGAAUACGACUUCGCUGAUUCAGCCGAUGGAUCAGGAAGUUAUUGCGGCCAUCAAGAAAUUGUACACUCGCACGCUGUUUCGUCGGUGUUUUGAAGCAAGCCAAUUCUCCUCAACAAUGAAUUCAAAAAAGUUUAGGAAAGAAAAAUUUGACGUUCUUGAAGCUAUUCGUAUCAUUCAAAAGGCGUGGUCAGAAGUCACACAGCAACAGUUGUUUUCUGCUUGGCGGAAGCUGUGUCCAUCCUUCUUUCAAGGUGACGGAGGUGAUCAGGGAGUCACUCCUGAAAUUAUGGAUAAAAUUUUGACAACUGCUAGAGAUCUGGAAUUGGAGGUGAACGAGGAUGACAUAGAAGAACACAUAAUGGGACAUGAAGAUGAACUGACGACAGAAGAACUCCAAGAAAUUUUAAAUGAAGAACACCAAGAAACACAGCGGAAUGUGUCUCCUUCUGAACAAGAGGAAGACGAAAGAGGAUACCAAUGCCGACAUCUGCCGUUAAAGAUCUUUCGAAAAAGUGGGAGGAUGUCAGAGCAAUGGUCUUAG